UUUAUACCUAGCCAGGACUCAGUAUCGCGUAGUCAGUGAGGCGGCGUGGUGUGGUGCGGUGUAAACUAGAUCGACAAAAUGGGUUUCGCAGUCAUUUGCCUUUUGGCGGUAAUAUGCAGUUUGCUACACCAAGGUCUAGCGAUCACAUGUUACCAGUGCAACAGUCACAACGACUCCCGGUGCUUGCUGGACAAGCUGCCCGACUCCUUACGGCUGCCGUGCGGGCCCAAGGACACCAUGUGCAGGAAGAUCUCACAGGUUGUGGAGUUCGAGAUGAACGGCAUGCCGCCAGACAGCAGGGUCAUCAGAGGCUGCGGCUGGGAUGAGACCAGCUACAAGGGUCGCUGCUACCAGAGAUCAGGAUUCGGUGGCAGACAAGAGGUGUGCUCGUGCUUACAAGAUGGCUGCAACUCCGCCACCAUGCCAGUCGGGGCGACCGUCCUCAUGCUCCUCACAUUCGCAUUACUGAGGUUCUAGGGUCCCAUCACUCAUAGUCAACCAAACCCAUGUACUUGGUGAGCUUCGGAAUACUUAGUGAAUUGGAUAGGCUUUAAUGAAGCUCUUUGUACCUACACGUAGAUUUGUAGACCAGUCAUGAUUUGAAUUGUGAAUAUCGAAGGGAAUAAUGAUAAAUAAUGUAUUAGAAAUAACGAGUAUUUACUUGUUAAUGUGUAAGAUAAAGAUGGUCAGCACCUUAAGUUAGCGCCAUGUUGUAAAUAGAUGUUAAUGUUCACAAUCUGGCACCUCAGCCGUUGUUCAAGCUAAAGUAAUACUAAUUGUAAAGCGUCGUAGGUCUUAAUCUAGUAAACGGUGACUGCCUUGUGUGGAUGUAUGCAAAGAAUGUCAAAUAGUUACCAUAUCAGUAAUAAUUGCUGUGAAUUUGUUUAGUACGCCGUAACCUUUUUUGUUGUGUUUGUAUUUUGCGAAUGUAUUUAUUAAAAGUUUUUCUUUA